AUGUGCGAGGAAGUAUUCGAGAGCGAGGCAUGUCGCGUCUGGACGGGAGCCCUAGGCACGCCCCUACAUGUCGUUGAGGAUGCAGAGCAGUCUGAUUUCGAUGUGAUCCCCUUCAGCCUUCAGAUCUGGUUAAAAUCUGCUGCUAUUAAUGCAUCUGUGGCCAGCCAGAGCUCACCGAAGCAAGGUCUCUACUUGGCAAAAGACUUUAAACCUGGUGUUAAUAAGCAAAACCAAAGUAUGUUGCUGCCAUCUAGUGCAUUAUCGUGUUUCUCCAUAUACAGUCCGUCGCCUUUCGUGUCCAGUGUUCUGGUUGUUCUAGAUGUGGAUGACGAUUCACAACAAGGGUAUUUCUUCGGACGAGUACAUAAAGACACGUUCUAUGAUACAGAGGUAGCGGAGGAGCUGCUAGCUGCUUUGCAUACAGCAUUCCCUAAAGUACAGCUCUCCAGCUCAGCGAAAAACUGUAUUGCCAAGCGAGAAAUGAGUCGCUGUGCUACGGGAUUGAAGCUUGGGGAGAUGGUUAAACGCAGAAAAACGUUGUCAGCGGAAGCGUUUUACGGGUCUGUGAAGUCGACAGUGACUGGUAACCCACGUGCAUCGGAUAAUAUGUGGCACUCAUUCUAUGAGAAGCUGCAGUUUAGAGUCUCGCACUCACUACUGUGCCAGCUGGAAGGCACAGCGCCGAUCUCAUCGUCGUUCCCUCGACAACAAGAAGCUUUUGAGUUCGCUGAUCAAGUCACAGCAUUCAGACAACGUGUCAGAGCCACCCGCGACGUAUCAUCAGGAAAGGGAAGUGAUGACGAGUACACGCCUCGUGUGUUCUCCUUCGAGAGUGCAGGUGACGGAAAACGGCGUUUUCUUGUUGCCAGCUUAACUGAAUUCUGGAAGAACUACAAGAAAACCCGCGACGACCACCGGCAUGUCUACGAGAUCAUACGUGAAGGCGUACCUUGCCGACUUUACUUUGAUCUGGAGUUCAAACGUGAAAUUAAUCUGCACGUGGACGGUAAUGAACUUGUGGCUAGACUAGUGUCCUUACUACAACUUCAGCUUUUCCGCAGAUAUGGCAUUCACGUCCAGCACCAAGAUAUUUACCACCUGGACUCCUCAACGUCCGCUAAAUUCAGUCGUCAUCUCAUUUUCCAUUUUCCUGAUGGCAGUCUCUUUACAAACAAUCUUCACGCUGGAGCAUUUGUACGCGAAUGUAUAUCCGAUCUUGUGGACCUGAAUGACUGCACCUCCGAUAAACUAGAGACACCCGACGAUCUCCUGUCGCCAUUCCUCGUUAAUACUGAGUCUGGGGACGACCCAGUUGACAAGAAACAGCUUUUUAUUGAUACGGGCGUGUACACUCGCAAUCGCAUGUUCCGGGUGCUGGGUUCGUCAAAGUUCAAGAAGCAGGUAGUCUUGCGUUCGAUGAAUGCUUCAUCUGACACGGAGCUUGACUUCGACUUGUUCAUGAACACUCUGGUGUGUCCGUACCCAUCUCUUGAAGCCCUGGAGCUUACAACCAAGGAUUACCGUUUACUGCACUGUGAAGCAUCAUCUACGCUAGGACGCAACCAGAAAGUUAACGUUUCUGGAACCAAGAGUACUUCUACACCAGUGGAAUGCCGGAGAUCCGUUUACCCCAUGUUGGAUGCUUUCAUUCGCUCUCAAGCUACGACGGGCGGCGUUCAAGGUGAAAUUCGAGCGAUUCAAAUGCUAAUGACGAGUAAUUCAGCGAUGUUGGCAGUGUUACCUGGUCAAGAAGAUGCCCAAGAACAAGCUGAGGAUAAGGCGGCUAAACCGUAUCCGUGGAUGAUUAUCUAUCACAUGGCACGUAAUCGCUGGUGUGCGAAUAUUAGGCGGCCACACAAGAGCAACAAUGUCAUGUUCAUUGUGGACAUUGAUCAGCGUGUCUUUUACCAGAAGUGUCACGACCCAACCUGCCAAGCAAUGGAUUUCAGGUACGGCGAGUAG